UCACAGUAGUUGUUUCCAUUGUCAAAAAGUUUUGUUGCGUGCAUCGUAGCUGCGCGCGUGGCCGUUCGAGGAAGAAGACUUUUGUGCCUUCCACGCCUGGCACCGCCACUCUAUCAUGAUCAAAUUAUUUUCAUUAAAACAGGCGAAAAAGGAUGGCGAGUCACCGAAAGCUGGCACCCAAAAAAAAGCAUCUGCAGCGCAACUGAGAAUCACAAAAGAUAUAAAUGAACUCAAUCUUCCAAAAACAUGUGGGACAGAGUUUCCUGAUCCAGAUGAUCUUCUUAGCUUUAAGCUAAUUAUUUGUCCAGAUGAGGGAUUUUAUAGAGGUGGUAGAUUUGUUUUCAGUUUCAAAGUUGGACCAAAUUAUCCACAUGAACCACCUAAAGUAAAAUGUGAAACACAAGUUUAUCAUCCUAAUAUUGAUUUAGAUGGCAAUGUGUGUUUGAAUAUUUUAAGAGAAGAUUGGAAACCAGUCCUUACAAUUAAUUCUAUUGUUUAUGGAUUACAAUAUCUUUUCUUGGAACCAAAUCCAGAAGAUCCAUUGAAUAAAGAUGCUGCAGAAGUCCUUCAAAAUAAUAGGAGAGCAUUUGAGCAAAAUGUAGCAAAAGCAAUGAGAGGUGGCUAUGUCGGCGCGUUUUAUUUCGAACGGUGUCUCAAGUGACAUUAACAUUCACUUUAUCCGAGGACACAAUGAGGAAAGAGGUCGAGAGUAGAACUUCUUCGUGCUCUAAAUGUGUUCCUCUCGUCCAUUUGUUUAAACGGGCCUCUCUGCGUCUUUACGAGUGCUUCGAACCUUUGGUCAAUAAACCAUUGGUAAAAAUGCCACCGAUGCGCUAUUUUUUCGGAGUUGUGGGAUACUUACUUUUCCUUUCUUUUUUUUCUCUUUCUCAAAUAUAAUAAAGAAAUGAAAUUGCAUUUACGUUUGCAAGUUUUUUAUUUAAUUAAUAAUUUAUUGGCAAAUAUAAAUAAAAUAUAAAACGUUAAA